GACUAGCGAGCAGGUGGACUCUCAGAGUCCUGGUCUACCGCUUCCUGCAUUCGGUUGCCGGUUGCUCGAGUUCGUUGUCCGCGAGAUCACCGUUGAUCGUCGUAGUCAUUGUCAGAUGACAUGACACAGAGGUCCCUAGUCGUGCCAACUCGCGUGUGAUUCCGCCACGGGUCACGUAGGUGUGCUUUGUUCUCGAGAAGCCUCGACCGAGCCAGUUCUCGUAACGCAGGUUUUAUGUGAGAAUCUGGUGUUCUAAAAGAGAGAUAGAUAGAUAGAUAGAAAGAGAAAGAGAGAGAGAGAGAGAGAUAGAAAAAGAGAGAGAAAGAAAGAGAGGAUGAAUAGUUCGAUCGACCUCGAUUGGCUCGUUUCUCUUCGAUCUGGGACGUUCUAAUAUCUCCUUUGAGAUUAGUUGGACGAAUUAAAAAAAUCGAGAGUCCGAGAAAUUAUUUUCCUUUGAGAGAAAGAGAGAAAGAGAGAGAGAGAGAGAGAGAGAGAGAGAGAGAAUUUUAUUUGUUCGCUGACUGCUGACAUAGAGAAGGAGAAAGAAAAAGAGAGAGAGAGAGAGAGAAAGAGACAUCAAUUUUUGCAUGGGUGUGCACGAGACGAAUAAGGAUCGUACCAAUGUCUCCAAGAAGAUGUCGAGGGAUCGUUCAGGCUCGGAUUAUUCGGAAAAUAUGAGCGAUGUAACAACUUGUAGCUGUAUGGCGAGCUCCGUCGAGAAAUGUUCCCUACGUGGCUGUGGUAUGUUUCAAGAGCCAUUUUUCUUACAUCCACCCGGAUCAAGACCAAGAGAUGGAAUUUAUAUAAAUCCAAUGAGUGCGUACAUAAACGAGCCACAAAAACCAAAGGACAUGGAGUCCUUUUAUUUGCAUAGUCCCCAUGAUCUCGUAUAUACAAGGAUUACACAUUUGUUCAAUGACGUUGAGAAGCCACGAAAUGGUGUUCUGGCAUCAACCGAACAACGUCACGUUGAGAGGAAAGAUGAGACUCUAACUGUGAAAGUGGACGUGCACAUAAACAACGGUAGCUUCGGUAAAACUCAUACAGGGAACGGUCAUACUGGCAGGUCAGAAAUCAUGCGAGAAGCACCACCAUCGGAACAUGCAUACGAACAAAUUUGUUUGAGACAAGAAGAAACCAGUAGUGUUGGAUCGUCUUCUAAUAAGAAGGUUAUCGAUAAUGUUUCGGACAGUAGCCGAUCGAGAAAAACCAAUCGACGAUAUAGCAGAUCGAGUAGUGCCAGUGAAUCUUCGAAUAUGAGCAGCGAGAUACAUUGUUUUUCAUCAACUACGUCGACGCCAUCUUUGUCACGUAACAGUAGCAACGAACGAAUCAACAAGACAACGAAGAUCAACACGGAAGUAUUACAUGAAAGGAAAGAGUCCUCGGCGACGCACGUGGAAAGUGAAAAGGAGAUAAGGCCAAGCAAUGGUAGUGGACCUGGUUUCGUCAAACCCCCACCACCGCCACCGCCACCACCACCAGACAGAGAGGACAUCGUCGUAUUGGUCGUGAAUUCAAAGCAAAAUGGUGAAAGCAAUAACGAGAAGAAAGAUUCUGGUGACAAUAGUCAAGAGAACAAAAAUGGAAACGCGACCAACAAGAGCGACGUAUCCUGCGGCGAGCAUCAACAGCCGGAAGUUCCUCCUGCCAGUCCACCCGCGGACGUCGAGGAAAUUAAGACGAGUCAGUCGUCUCACUUGAUAAACAGACAUAUGGUGUUACCGUUCAUACCGCCAAAGUUUGCCAACGCGGCUGAUUCGGAUACUCUUUUGAAACCAUCGGAGUAUCUUAAAAGUAUUUGUAAAAACGUCACAAAGAAUACUCUUUCUAAAGCAAGAUCUGUGGACAAUUUAGAUUGUCAGGGUAGGGAUACCGAAGAGGAGGAAGAAGACGAAGACGAGGAAGAAGAAGAAAGACAAAAGAACGAAAAAAAGGAAAAGGAAUCUCCCCCAGGACCGCCACCACCUCCGUUAUCACCAUUACAAAAAUCUCGUGGUAUUUCAAACGUUAAUAGUACUGGCGCAACGAUUAAUCCCUCGAACGAAUCUGAAAGUCCAAAGUCACCUCAGCAACCAUUGGCAACCAUUAGCAUUCAGGAUCUUACGAGUAUUCAAUUGAGAAGAACUAAUACAAAAAUGAAUGCAACUAAAACGUUCUCCGCGCCACCACCUCGUAGCGCCUCAAUGACCAAUGUGUCGGAGCCAUUUUUCAUUCAAAAAACAGACCUGAUAGCCGAAUUGAAAAGAACAAAGGAUAUACCGGGUAUCAAGAAACUUAAAGUAGAACGAGCGCAGGUAGAAAAGACACAGGAACAAAAUUUAAUAUCGGAAAUAAGCAAAGCUUUUAGCGUGUCUAAUUUUGUCGAUCAAAUUCCGGAAAAGGAUAGUUCAGGGAACGUAAUACCUAUAUGGAAGAGGCAGAUGUUGGCGAGAAAGGCCGCGGAAAGAGCUAAAAAGGAAUUAGAAGAGCAAAUAGCUAGGGAAAACGAAGAAAGGAGACAGAAAGCGAUACCACCUUGGAAGAGACAGUUGCUAGCAAAAAAGGACAACGAGGAUAAAAAGAUUAACAACAACAACAAUAAUAACAACAACAACAACAACAACAACAACAAUCACGUUCAGUCAAACGUGACGGCCGUUUCAACCGUAAAAAUAGAUAUUACGACGACGUCGAAGAGAGACACUUCGCCAGCGGCUGCUGGUUGCAACAAUCGAAAGGAGGAAAAGAACGAAAAUAACGCGGAUGAGAAGGGAAACGACAUGAGGGACGAUGAUUCCGAUGAUGGACAAAUAAUACCGUGGCGAGCUCAAUUGAGAAAAACGAACAGUAAUACCGCACUGUGCCUAUGGCAACAGCCACAACACAUAUUGUUCCAAUUAGCAAAUUUCUGCUUUGCACUCUCUUACUCGGCACCGUCCUCAAAGAAGGGUAUAUUGUUUAUGCACUCCGUUUUAAUCGUUGGUUUCAUGCUGCUGUCCGGAUGGGCAUGGCACGUGAUCUGUGCACCAGAUAUCUUUUCUUGGAACUUUACCUUCUUAUUGUUAAAUAUUGGACAAUUGGUUUAUAUUGUUUAUCAAAUGAGACCAGUCAGAUUCGAUCCUGAAUUAGAGGAGGUCUAUCACACACUUUUUUAUCCGUUUAAAGUAUCAAGGGCGCAAUUUAAAAGACUAGUAUCUCCAGAACUCGCAACAGUGAUGUCCCUUCAUGCUGGUGAAGCAUAUGCAAUGCAAAACUUAACUAAAACGGACAGGCUGGGUUUAUUGCUCAGUGGUAGGGUCAACGUUCUUAGUGACACCAACUUUUUACAUCCAAUUCUACCCUGUGAAUUUUUAGACUCACCAGAAUUUGAAAGUUCUAGAGCAUCCAGAGAUGAUAAAUUUAAGGUCUCGAUAGUUGCGGCCAAUUCUUGUAGAUACGUUUAUUGGCAAAGAUCGGCCCUGGAGUAUCUCCUCGUUAAAGAAGCUUAUCUCGCAACUGUUUUAACGACUUUAGUUGCAAGAGACAUUGCAACAAAAUUAUAUGCAAUGAACAAUAAGAUAGUUACAGAAAAGGGCUCGCAUUUGGAUAUUCGAUUGCCAACUAUUAACGCUGGGAUAGGGCUAAGUAGUGAUCAUAGAAGUCCACGAACGUCUAGACAAACUUUGAUACAUAGAAAAGAUACCAAUCUUACGUCCAACAAUGUGGCUGGUGCUAAACCAAAAGAAAGAAUGACGAAUAAUCUAACUAAAAAGGGUGCACCUAACAUGGAACCCCUACCGGAAUUACCGUCCUGCGAUGAUCUCGCUUCAAGUGGUGUAGAAAGUUGGUUGGAUUCAUCCAGCAAAUAUCAUAGUUGUGAAAUUGUUGAUGAGGAGUGACGGUACGCUUAUCAUGCAAGCUACCAUUGUCCAAUGGACGAGCAAAAAUGCAUCGAACCUAAUUGUCUCCUUUACGAAAUGAUUACGCGAGAAGUUUAACGACAUUUGCCGAAGGAGGAGAAG